AUGUGUUGGAAAUGUCAUAUUCUUGUCCUUCUUUGCCUCCUGGCCCAUAAUGUGGUCUCAGCCCAGUACCAUGUCAUCAGCCGGGAGGAAGUAGAUGAAGUUGCUGCCCAAGCUACCAACAUUUCCAGUGACAGUGGUAACAAUACUUUGGAGGACCAAAAUGAGGGCCCUUUUGAUUCCGAGCAACCUGGUGUUGGCCAGCGAUGUGGACGUUUGAGGACUUGUGAAGAAGGGCUUACUUGCUCCAAUGACUUUUCUGUCCUUAGAAAGAGGUGCUUCCCUGACAGGGCAUGUCUAGAGCAGGUUGUGAGCAGCUUUCGAUUGGAUCUUGAUGUCUGGAAAGAAUCCAUUUUCACUCGUGCCAAUAUUGAUGAGAGUGACCUUGUUGAUGCAGCCCUUGAUGCUCAGAACCCUGAAGAGUUCCAGCAGAGUGCAACAUGUCUUCGCUUUCUGGAUGCAUUCAAUGCCCAACCACCACCUCAACUCGCUUCAUUGCAAGAAGCUGCCAAUGACUGUAUUCCCAAAGCACCCAGCACUGGUGGAACAGUUGUCUACAUGGGACUUCAUAUUGAACUGAGUGUACUUCUAGACCUUGCCAUGUCUGUUUUCUCAGCCCUUGGAGACAAUACAAAACCAACAGGAUUCAUCCGAGGAACCUUUGGAGCUGAACUGGGUGCAGGAGCUGAAGUCUCCGGGUUGCUUGGAUUUGCCUUUACUGGAACCACACAGGAUAUUGUGGGAGGAUCAGUUGUGACCGACAUUGAUACAGUAGUUGGAGCUGGUAUUGGAAGUGCUUUGGUGUCAAAUCUCAAUGGACUCUAUUCCCUGGAGUUUACUUUAGGUGGAGGCGUUGGUGGUGGCUUUGGUAUUGGAUAUGGCAUCACUUCCCCAUUGAAUGGAUCCAACCAGCCAACAAUCUCCCCGAGCACAUCCCCGAGCAGUUCCCCAUCAGUCAGCAAUUUGCCAAGUAUUAGCUCUGCUCCAUCAACCAGUGCUCGGCCCAGCAUUUCCCCAUCAGUCAGCAUGUUGCCAACUAGUACUGCUGCUCCAUCAACCAGUGCUCAGCCCAGUAGCAAGCCUUCUAUCCUGCCUAGCUAUGUUCCAUCACUCAGUGUGCAACCCAGCAAUUCCCCCAGCACUCCCCCCAGCAGCCUCCCUUCUGAUCUACCAAGCUCAUCCCCAAGCAGCAUGCCAAGUGCAAUGCCAUCAGCCCAGCCAAGUGAUGCUCCAAGUAGGACACCCAGCAACACACCUUCAGCUGUCCCUUCAGCUAUCCCUUCAGCCAUCCCUUCAGGCCAGCCAAGCUUGCCCCCAAGCAUCAGUGGAAGUGCAUUACCAUCACUCCAGCCCAGUGCUGCUCCUAGUAGGGCACCCAGCAGUGCCCCUUCUGCUUUGCCAAGCUUAUCCCCAAGCAGCAUGCCAAGUGCAUUGCCAUCACUCAUGCCCAGUACUGGUCCUAGCAGCAACCCCAGCAGUGCACCUUCUGCUCUACCAAGCUUAUCCCCAAGCAGCAUGCAAAGUGCAUUGCCAUCAGUCCAGCCCAGUGAUGUCCUAGCAGCAAACCCAGCACCCAGUGAUGGUCCUAGCAGCAACCCCAGCAGUGCACCUUCUGCUCUACCAUCACUCCAGCCCAGUGAUGGUCCUAGUAGCAACCCCAGCAGUGCGCCUUCUGCUCUACCAUCACUCCAGCCCAGUGAUGGUCCUAGUAGCAACCCCAGCAGUGCGCCUUCUUCUCUACCAUCACUCCAGCCCAGUGCUGGUCCUAGCAGCAACCCCAGCAGUGCACCUUCUGCUCUACCAAGCUUAUCCCCAAGCAGCAUGCCAAGUGCAUUGCCAUCGCUCAUGCCCAGUGCUGGUCCUAGUAGCAACCCCAGCAGUGCACCUUCUGCUCUACCAAGCUUAAGUUUGAGCCCCAGCCAGGCUCCUACUAAGCUUUGUUCAUCAACUACACUUUCAAAUGUGUGCAUCCUUACAGAAGCUGGGGAAGAAUUGGACAUUUGUUUUGAUUCUCUGCCACCUGCCACAGGUGAUGUGAUUGUUCAAACUUUUGUCCGGGGAUUUUUGCCAUUCCCCCUCCAGUUCUAUGAUGUAAUUAACCAAGAUGGAUUCUCAUUGGGUAGAAAUAGGGGUGGGGGUUAUUGUGAUGAAGCCUAUGAUCAGACUGAUUUUGUUGUGCCACAGGCCAUAUUCAACUCUUGGGUAGCAACUGGCUUUGUCAGCUUCAUAAUGGAUGCCUCUGGACUUGUGGAACCAAUCGACCCUGCUAUCUGCCUCUUUACGGGGGAUGUGUUCAUCAAUCUGGUCUAUAAUGAUGCCUCAACACCCAGUAUGUCACCAAGUUUAAGUGUCAAUCCUUCAACCAGUUUGCAACCAAGUUCGAGACCAUCUACAAGCUCAGCACCAAGCAUAAGCUCAGCACCAAGCCAAGUACCAAGUACAAGUCCAAGUUUACCACCAAGCAUAAGCUUGGCACCAAGUGUUACCCUCAGCCAGGCUCCUACCAAGCCUUGUUCAUCGACUACAACUUCAAGUGAGGUUUCAAUUACAAUAUCUGGGGAACAAUUGGAUAUUUGUUUUGAUUCUCUGUCACCUGCCACUGGUGAUGUGACUGUUCAAACUUUUGUCAGGGGCGAUGUGAGCUCCACUGAUCAGUACUAUGAUUUAAUUGACCAAGAUGGAAACACCUUGGUUAGGAACAAUGGUGGGGGUGAAUGUGAUGAAGCCUAUCAUCAGACUGAUAUUGUUGUUGCACAGGCCACAUUCAACACUUGGGUAGCAACUGGCUAUGUCAGUUUCAUAAUGGAUGCCUCUGACGACACCGGACCCAUCCCCCUCUUUUACUGCCCCAGUCCAGGGGAAGUGUACAUCAAUCUGGUCUAUGCUGACUCAACACCCAGUAUGUCACCAAGUUUAAGUGUCAAUCCGUCAGUCAGUUUGCAACCCAGCUCAGCACCAUCUACAAGCUCAGCACCGUCCCUAAGCUUGGUGCCAAGUUUGGCACCCAGCCAGGCUCCUACCAAGCCUUGUUCAUCUACUACAACUUCAGAUGUGUGUGAAAUUUCAAUUGCUGGGGAAGCAUUGGAUAUUUGUUUUGAUUCUCUGUCCCCUGCCACCAGUGAUGUGACUGUUCAAACUUUUGUCAGGGGUGAUUUGAGAAGACCCCGCCAAUUUUAUGAAGUAUUUGACCAAGAUGGAGGAUUCUUGGGUGGAAACAGGGGUGGGGGUCGAAUUUGUAGUGAAAUCUAUGUUCAGGAAGAUUUUGUUGUGGCACAGGCCACAUUCAACACUUGGGUAGGAACUGGGUUUGUCAGUUUCAUAAUGGAUGCCUCUGCAAAUGUUGAACCCGUCCCCCCCCUUGCCUGCCCCAUGCCAGGAGAUGUGUUUAUCAAUCUGGUCUAUAAUGACAACUCACCCAGUACAACACCCAGCUCCCAGCCAAGUAUGAAUCCUUCCCUCAGUUUGCAACCUUCCAUGUGUGUGAAAUUUCAAUUGCUGGGGAACAAUUGGAUAUUUGUUUUGAUUCUCUGUCCCCUGCCACCAGUGAUGUGA